AUGGAGGUAGCACCACCGACUUCUUCUCUCCUUCUCAACCAACCAUCGCCGAGAUCCUAUUUUGAUGACCCAGACCCCGACUAUGAUGACGACCCCGACCUCGACUACGACGACGAUGACCCUAACUCCGAUAAGGACCCCAACCCCAAUUCUGUUUAUGAUUCAGACCUAGAUCCCUACUUCAACUUCGACUCUUCCCGACUCAGGCUCAGAUUCCUAGUAAACUUGUAUCCUAUGCAUCUUCCGCUGCACAAAUUAUGA